AGACCAAAUGGUGUUAGAAUGAGUCAUAAUCAACGCAGGCGUGUUCGUUAUUGAGUAUAUACAUUCAACAAUGUUUAUCUUAGUAACAUUUUCAAACCCCUUGAUAAGCCUAAUAUAUCUUUGCAAACAUAUCAAGGAGCCUGAAAUAUUUUUCAUGUGGGCUUUCUUCAGUGUGACGUUACAUAUUUCCUCAUACAUAAUUUAUAUAACCAGGCCGGUGAAUUCACACCCCAAUGUGAUCCGGAGAGGAAUAAGGGCUGUUUUACCACUCAAAUUAUGGAAAUUGCUUCUGUGAAGGACUCUGUAUAAAUAAAAUAGAAAAAUGAUCUAUUAUCGCUCAUUUGUUUCACAUGGCGGGCAUGGUAGUUUUCUGACUCGUUUUUGGAAUUUACAUCAAGCCUGAGCUUUAUGAUCAGUAUGGAAAAGAGGACUCAUUGCUAUCAGGAUUGCUACUUUAUUGUCUUAUAACCUCAAUAAUAUUGUCAUUGGAUAUAUUCGUAAUGGAAAUCCUAGUAGCUUUGUUAAUGCUACCCGUGCUUCCUGUGUCAUUUUGAAUUUACUGCUGAGCGUGGUGAUGUUGACCAAGAGUCAGAGAUGCUAUGAAUAGACUCCCUGGGGGACAGCAUUCAGAGGAGGAUAUGGACUUCCUCUUUCAUUUCAAGAGAGGUAUGAGCUGGCAGCAAUUACUUCUUUAUAUUUAUAAAAACAAUAAGAUUAUUUUCAAGAAGGUUAAUUUCAGGGAACAUUUUGACGAUAAGGAUUUAAAACAUUUCUUAACCCCAGUGGAGUGAACUCCUGAGAUAAAUAAAUCAGGUCAUAAGAGAGGAAGCUUUCUCACUGGUGAUGCAACCAGGAAGAAUAGUGAGAUGAACCUAAUGAUUCCCGAUGAUUCUUCCGUGAGCGGAUCUCCAGAUAAUUCGUUUACUCCAAUCAGACCUUAUGAUGCUAAACUUCAAGCUUUCAUGCAGGAUAUAGAAGAUGAGUUCAAAUUUUCCGAUGAGGGCAUAAGCAAUGCUCUUAAUCUGAAGAAAUGCGAGAAAGAGACACCAAGAGAUUAUCAAAGAGCCGAAUCUCCUCCUAAAAGAUUAGAUGAAGUUUCAGCGAGAGAUGUCAGUGAUGUCUGGGAUCUCCCGCUUGAAGCUAGAAAGUCUGAAAAAUAAGACUAUAAGAAGAUUUUCAAUAAUCAAGAGCAGACCUUCCAUAAAGAAGAUUGAUAGAGGAAUUGUAUGCACAAUCUGUCAAGAUGAUAUUGAAGAGAAUGACACUGUCCUCCAACUUGAAUGUGGACGAACACAUCUGUUACAUUUUGGGUGCCUCAAAGAAUGGCUUACUAUAAAAUUUGAAUGUCCGACAUGUAGGACCAACUUACUCGUCCUAUAUAAAGACAAAAUCAGAGAGGAGGCUGCCAAGAAUAACCAACUCUCUGAUGAUGAUAACCAGUUGUAUGCAGAGGACCUAAUUCCUUUACAAAAAGCACGAGAAAAACUUCUUAAUGAGAUCGAUGAGAUGGAAAAUACCCAAAAACAGCUGGAAGAAUCAUCUUCGAAGAAAUAA